AUGAGAUUGAUUAUCCGGGAAGACGCUGAUGCGGCCAGCACGUACGUUGCCAAGUAUAUCAUUGAGCGCAUCAAGGCGUUCAACCCAUCCCCUCAAAACCCAUUCGUGCUUGGCCUACCCACGGGCUCCAGUCCCCUUGGAGUAUACAAAAUACUGGUUGAUACCUACAAAGCUGGCCAGAUUUCGUUCGAAAAUGUCGUCACUUUCAACAUGGACGAAUAUGUCGGGAUCCCCCGCGACCAUGAGCAGUCUUACCACACAUUCAUGUGGAAGCACUUCUUCUCCCACGUGAACAUCCACCCAUCAAAUGUGCACAUCCUCGAUGGAAAUGCCCCGAACCUCGAGGCUGAGUGUGUCGCAUAUGAGGAAGAAAUCAAGAAAGCCGGCGGCAUUGAUUUGUUCCUUUCUGGAAUCGGGGAAGAUGGGCACGUCGCCUUCAACGAGCCUGGUUCAAGCCUGGCAAGUAGGACUCGGGUGAAGACCUUGGCCUACGAUACGAUCCUUGCCAACUCUCGUUUCUUCGAAAACGAUGUGAGCAAGGUUCCCAAGAUGGCUCUCACAGUGGGAGUGCAAACCGUCCUGGAAGCACGCGAGGUCGUUGUGAUCAUCUUGGGUCAGCGAAAGUCUCUCGCCCUCCAAAGGUGCAUCGAACAAGGAGUGAACCACAUGUGGACACUGUCCAGUCUCCAGCUUCACCCCCACCCCAUGAUUGUUGUGGAUGAGGAUGCGACCCUGGAACUCCAGGUGAAGACGGUCAAGUACUUCAAGAGCAUUGAGCAGGUUGCGCUGGCGCAAGGCUUCGAGCAGAUCCUCCCCUCCAAGGUCCGCACUGGCAAUGGAGUCGUUCCCACAACCAGGGUUGAAAAGGUUGAGUCGCCCACGAUCCUGGCUCCUCAACCGACAACCUCUCGCCUCCUGAGGGCGACUCCGGCCACGGAAUAUCCCAUCCGCUCCGUUUCCCCAGAUCUUGUGCCAGAUAGAAUGGCGUCCCGAAUUCCGGAGCCAAACAUAAACCAGAGGCUCACGCCAAACCCAGAGCAGCAGGCAAUGAGACAGCCUAGCGCUAUUGCCGUGUGA